AUGGUAUAUGGAAAAGCUUGUCACCUUCCAGUUAAGCUAGAACACAAGGCAUACUGGGCGAUAAAGAAGCUUAACUUUGAUGAGCAACUUGCUCGGGAAAAGCGAAUGCUUGAUCUAAAUGAAAUAGAGGAGUUUCGAGCGCAAGCAUAUGAAAAUGCCAAGCUCUAUAAAGAGAAUACCAAAAAGUGGCACGACAAAAUGCUUUUUCCACGACAUUUUCAUGAGGGACAGAAAGUACUACUGUUUAACUCUAGGCUCAAACUCUUCCCAGGCAAAUUAAAGUCACGGUGGUCGGGACCAUUUGAAGUCUACCAUGUUUACCCGUACGACCCUGUUGAUAUUAAGAACAUGGAAGAUGGGUCUAUCUUUAAAGUUAAUGGCCAGCGCCUAAAGGCUUACCAAGGAGUCCCACAAUUGCGUGACAAGUUGGAGCUUCUCUUGCAUGACGUCGAUAUUGGUCCAGCAUCUUAA